ACGUCUUUCAAGUUUUUAGAUCCCGGGACGAUCUCUAUUGUCUCAAGCAAGGCCAUGAACUUCCUCUCCUUCCAAUCAGAGCGCAAUGGGGCCGUCUUAGCUCUUUUUUAUCUUAUUUUUCACAUGCAGGAGAGAUACCGUCUGGGCAAUGGCGCUACCGCUCCCAUGUGUUAUUUGGCGCAGACGUACGAUUAAACCCACAUUCUGGAUGGCACUCCAGAAAGGUCCGAAACGAUCACCCCACGCUUUGAUUAUACUAUUCCUCGGUAUCUUCAUAUCUUUUGACAGCUCUGUGGACACAAUGGACAUUGAAACAAUUGCGCGACGGGAUGUUAAAUGUGCGGAGGUGACGCAAUCUCGGCAAACAAGGCUUUCUUACGAAUCCUUGGACAACGAUCGAUCUCCGAAAUCCGGCCACUGAUUGAUUGUGGAGUUAAUUUAAGGUUAUUUCUAAUAUUAUGCGUCAACCAGAUUAUGCCAAUAUUUUUUGCCAAUGGAUAAUAGGAUAUCCAACCUGUGCCCGUAUGGUGUUCAC